AUGCUCGCCCGUAACGUCCUCCGCACCGCCCGCGCCGCUCGCUUCUCCACCGCGCCUGCGCCUGGCCGCUUUGCCUCGUCCCUCGUCUUCCUCGAGCAGAAGGGCGGCAAGCUCAACGACCAGGCCCUCGUUGCCGUUACCGCCGCCCAGGCUGUCGGCGGUGACGUCUCGGGCAUCGUCAUCGGCUCGGCGAGCGACGUCGCCAAGGCCGUCGAGGAGGCCAAGGGCAUCGCCGGUCUCUCCAAGAUCUACUCGUCGGCUUCGGACGCUUACGCUAACGGCCUCGCUGAGAACGUCGCGCCCCUCCUCGCCCAGGUGAUCCCCGGCAAGUCGGUUUCGCACCUCUUCGGCGCGCACACCGCUGCGGCCAAGAACAUCUUCCCCCGCCUUGCUGGUAUGCUUGAGGUCUCGCAGAUCUCGGACAUUACUGCCGUCAAGGGCGAGGACACCUUCCAGCGCCCCAUCUACGCUGGUAACGCCAUCCUCACCCUCAAGUCGUCGGACAAGGACAAGUACAAGGUUAUCACCGUCCGUGGCACCGCCUUUGACAAGGCCGCCAAGGAGGGUGGCUCGGCUGCCGUUGAGGAGGUCGCUGCCGUUGACGCGUCGUCGCCCACCAAGUUCGUCAGCGAGGAGAUUGUCGUCUCGUCUCGCCCCGACCUCUCGUCGGCCGCCAAGGUCAUCUCGGGUGGCCGCGCGCUCAAGUCGCAGGAGAACUUUGAGAAGGUCCUCGACCCCCUUGCCGACGCUCUCGGUGCCGCUGUCGGUGCGUCGCGUGCCGCCGUUGACGCCGGCUACGCCGACAACUCGCUCCAGGUCGGCCAGACCGGCAAGGUUGUUGCUCCCGAGCUCUACAUUGCCAUCGGUAUCUCGGGUGCCAUCCAGCACCUUGCGGGCAUGAAGGACUCGAAGCUCAUUGUUGCCAUCAACAAGGACGCUGACGCUCCUAUCUUCCAGAUUGCCGACAUUGGUCUCGUUGCCGACCUCUUCGAGGCCGUGCCCGAGCUCGUUAAGGAGCUCGGCAACCAGUAA